UGUGUGUCAAAAUAGUCCAGCAGGAGACUUAAUGCUACUUAGCAACAUUUAGAGUACAGUCAUGCGGACUUCUUUGCAGCAUUUAUAAGUGCGGAAUGCUGUUUAGAGAAAAUACCACAUUAGUGCUAUUAGGGCUGGAUGCCUACAGUAGAUUGGGUGCUCUAAAGCUUUAGAUUAUUCAAACCAGUGAGAAAAAGGGUCAGCUAGAUUUUAGGAGCUUUUCAAUUCAUGGUAGAAGUUUCUGUUCCUGAAAGUGGGGGGUUUAAUACUCUCAYAGGACCUGAAAUGGAAAUUUUUCAUUUCUGACUCCGUCCCACAGAGGGACCAGUUCACUGUACCCCACAGAGAGUUUGACCCUAGAACUCUGGCACUGAGCUGAGGACUUAAAGAGGAACACCACGUCUUGCACUCUGAGGAGCAGAGGAGGUGUUUUUUUUUUAAAUUCAGGAAUUAAAAAAUAUAUUUUUUAAUAUAAUGGGAGACUAUGAUGAGGAAACUGCUUUUCUCGGACAAAUGGGUCCUUACUUUUGGACCACUUUCUUCCUAUUAAAUACAGUUUUUGUGUCAACUGGAUUCAAUGGACUUUACAUCAUUUUUGCUGGAGCAGCUCCGAAACACCACUGUCUUGUUCCAGACGUCAACCUGACUGAGGAGUGGAGAAGUGCCAUCAUCCCCUUCACAACAACAGUGGGGGGUGAGCACCUUCAGAGCCAGUGCAGCAGAUAUAGGCUGGAUGUGGUUAAAAAUCUCUCUGAUCAGGGAUAUAUUCCUGGACGGGAUGUUAACCUCACUGAUUUGCAGCAGGAAGGAUGUUUAGAUGGAUGGAACUACAGCAAAGACAUCUACCAGUACACUAUAGUCACUGAGUGGGACCUUGUUUGUGACAACAAAUGGAAAGUUCCAUUUGCAUCCUCAACUCUUUUUGUGGGAUACCUUCUUGGUUCCCUAAUCUCAGGGCAACUAUCUGACAGGUUUGGAAGGAAGAAGGUUGUUUUCAUUUCUCUGGCAGCCCAGUCCCUCUCUGUUCUCCUUCAGUCGUUCUCUCAGUCAUGGAGGAUGUUCUGCAUCAUGUUCCUCUUUGUUGGAGCCUCUCAGAUAUCCAUCUACAUUUCUGCAUUUGUUUUAGGUACGGAGUUGUUGAGUAAAACCAUGCGAGUUCUCUUCACGACUCUCGGGGCCUUCCUGUUUUACUGCRUCGGGUACAUGACUCUUCCCUGGAUCGCGUACGGCAUCAGAGAAUGGAGAACGCUGCUCGCUGUUCUGUCAGCGACUUCUAUUGUGUACAUCCCACUGUGGUGGUUCAUCCCAGAGUCGCCUCGGUGGCUGAUCACUCAGGGAAGAGCAGCAGAGGCGGAGCUCAUCCUUCGGGCUGCUGCGAAUAAAAAUAAGGUGCAGGCACCACCGGUGAUCUUYAAAGAAUCUGAGAUUGAGGAGAUGUCUCCCGGCAGGAAGUACACCAUGAUAGAUAUUCUGAAAUCCAAUAAUCUCAGAUGUAUCACACUGAUGUGUCUCCUUCUGUGGAUGGCAAUAAACAUCGGGUACUUUGGUUUGUCCCUGAACACUUCCAACCUGAGUGGCAACCCUUUCAUGAAUUGUUUUUUAUCAGCUAUUUCUGAAGUKCCUGCCUAUGUUGUUUCUACCUGUCUGCUGAGAAAAUGCCCGAGAAGAAUACUUCUGUCGAUCUUCCUCAUAAUCGGAGGAGGAGUUCUUCUGCUCAUCCAGUUCAUCCCAAACAGUUAUGUGGGUCCAAAAAGAAGAAAUGUGUUCAGAAUGGAGCAUCAAGGAAACAACCCAUUCUACGUGAAGAAAAAUCUGAAGUGCAUACACUGACCCUUUAGUUUAUCUUUUUUUAUUUUUUAGAGGAACACAACUUCUUUCUUACUUGAAAGUGAUCAGGUAAAAUCUAAAAAGAUGGCUGCUGGAGAACCAGACGUUUAUUGUUGAGGUUAGGUUUUUGUUUAUUGCAAAAAAAUAUAAAAGAAAUAAAAUGUUUGCAAUGAAUUUCA